GCUGAAUAAUCAUUUCAAAAGGCACCCCAAGGUAGGCAAUGCGGCCCUCGAUAAGGCAGGAAGGAAACUGAUUGAGAAGCCCGCGGGUUCUGAGAAAGUAAUCGCUAUUAAGGAAGCGACGCUGCCCGAGGAGCUCUACUUGUUAGGAUUCCGAAGAUACCGUCUCCCGGGGGAAAAGGACGAAAAAUACCCUAGAAUCGACCGAGGGUAUCUGAAUGCCAGAGGUGACAUAAUGGAUGUCCAAGCCUUCGCCCGAUUGACAAAGAAGCUGGCCAAGGUGCCGAAGAAGAAGAAAGACGAGGGGUCCCCGAACCAGCCCCUCGUUGAUGAGGCGUUGAAGAAAGCAGGGACCGCCAAGGUCCCGGAGGGUGGGGGCCCCUCCCAAAAACCCGCUGCUGAUUCCGGUGCUGGUGCCGGAGGCUCCCAAGACGGGGAGCUAAAGCGAAAAAAUGCUGGGAAGGGGGUCAUGCCCCCGGAGAAGAAGAAGAAGAAGAUGGGGGGGCCGAGAAGACAGACGCCCCUGUCGUCAUCGUCGAAGAGCACUCUUCCUCCUCCCCUUCGGGAAAUAUCCUCCCUCCUCCCGGGGGCCAGGAUAACAGCCUGGCUUGGCCCCGGGAUGAUGUGCAGUUCUCUAUCACCAAGGGAACUGCCAUCAUGCAUGGCACCCUCAACCCGAGGGAGUUCCUAAAGGGUGCCACGCCCCCGACUGACAAGUCGGUGCUGUCGAGGGCCAAGGAUGACGCCCUCAGCGCCAAAGUGCUCCAAGCCUCUGUCACCGCUGCCCUCGGUCUUGGAGAGCUGCUCCAGAGGAUGGAGCAAUAUCAGGCGCAGAAGCGCCAGGCUGAUGAGGCCCUGGCGGAGUCCCGGCGGCAACUUCAAGAAGCUCAAGAGACCCUUCGGCUGGAGAAGAUGGCGUUCAAUAGCAUCCUCGAGAAUAACAGAGUGAUCGCCAGAGCCGAGGGGAAGGCUGACGCAGAGAGGGCCGCUGCCGAAGCAGCCAAGAUUGCCGCCGAGGAGGCCGAGGCAGCCAAGAAGGAAGCUGUCGCCGAGGCUGAGAAGAACGCCGUCGCCGCCUUUGUCGCUGAGGGCUGGAGGGCCGAGGACCGGAAAGAAUGGGUGGCCUCGGUCAUAGAGCAGGGCGUCGAGGGCUGGGUGGCAGGCCCCGGAUCUGAGUGGAUGGCCCUGAAGGGCAAAAACUAUUUUGACGGGGGCGAAUUUUUUACCCAGCGUCUGAUCUACAGGAAGCUGGCCGGCCACUUUGGCGUUGACCCUAGCCACUUCGAUCCCUCGGCCUACGGCCUUCCUCCUCGUCAGCCUGAUGUCCGGAAUCCCCUCCCGGAGGGCGAAGAGAGGCGCCAGCUCUCGGAUUCUGAGUUGAUGAGGGAAUGCGGCCUCGCA